AUGUGGAAGAACAACAGCUACUGCCCCUCCUCCCUGGCAUCAGGCCCAACUUCACCAGUUUCCCAUAUAAGCUGGAUCUGGUCACCUCUGAGCAGCUGCCUAGGGGAUCAGCAAGAGAAGGAGGUUGCCCUGCUCCCGAGAAAGAUGAUGAGUCUCCUGUGGAUCAAGAGUCUGUUCUUCCUUUGGUCAAUACCGUUCCCUUGUUUGAGCCAGUCCUCACUUUCGCCACUGAAAUUCUCCACUUUCCUGGACCACUCACACCAGGUGCACCUGUCCUGGGGCCUUGAUGAAGACAUGAUAAUCUUUGAAGUACAGGUUCGGUCAACUGGCUGGGUGGCAUUUGGAAUCACCCCUCAUGGACAGCUGCCUGGAUCUGACCUUGUGAUUGGUGGUGUCUUUCCCAACGGCAGCAUCUAUUUCUCUGACUGGCACGUUGUGGAUGAGAGAACCAUUAAGGAGGACGAGAGCCAAGACUACCAGCUGCUGUCGCUGACAGAGGAUGAAACUUUCACCACAAUGCGUUUCAAGCGCUACUGCUUCACAUGUGACCCAAAUGAUAGAGAUAUUACGAGGGACACAGAGCGUUUGGUAUCUGCCUUUGGAACAGACGACACAGUCGAGUUCUUCAAAGGCCAGAGGUCUAUCAAGUCGCUCUUCUUGAUGCGGUUCAUGAACCCUGAAAAUCUGCAUGAGCCCCAAAUCUUUUAUACCUACGACCUGAAGCUAACUGAUUUUCAUGUCCCUGUUGAAGAAACCACCUAUGCCUGCACAUUUCUCCCACUGCCCAUGGUUAAGAAGAAACACCAUAUCUACAAGUUUGCACCCGUGAUAACACCUCAUAAUGUAACCCUGAUCCAUCACAUCCUGGUCUAUGCCUGCGGCAAUGCCAGCGUGUUACCCAGUGGUGUCAGCGACUGCUAUGGAGCUGAUCCAGAUUUUGCCCUGUGCUCUCAGGUGCUUGUGGGAUGGGCUGUUGGAGGAGGGGACUACACGUUCCCUGAUGACACUGGAAUCUCCAUAGGGACACCCCUGGAUCCUCAAUAUAUCCGGCUGGAAAUUCACUACAGCAAUUUUGACUUGCUGACAGGGUUAAUUGACAGCUCGGGGAUACGACUGUUCUUCACCCCUAAUCUACGGAAGUACGACAUGGGGGUUCUGCAAACAGGGGUGUUCACCUUCCCGGUCCACUUCAUCCCCCCUGGGUCGCCUGCCUACCAUUCCUAUGGGCUCUGCAAUAGCAGCCAGUUUGAGGAGAUGAAUGGGACACCAGUGCCAGACAUGCAUGUGUUUGGCUACCUGCUGCACACCCACCUGACUGGGAGAGGAGUGAGAGUUGUCCAGUAUCGGAAUGGCAAGCAGCUGGGGUUCAUUUGUGCAGACAAUAAAUAUGACUUCAACUUGCAGGAAACACGGGAUCUGAAAGAAAUCCUCAUCGUCAAAGCAGGAGACGAGAUCCUGGUGGAAUGCACCUUUGAAACCUUGGACAGGACAGGGAUCACCUUUGGGGGACCCAGUACCUUGAAUGAGAUGUGCCUUGCAUUCCUUUUCUACUAUCCUCGUAGCAACAUCUCCAGCUGCAUGGGGUACCCAGACAUCCAGUACAUCGCCCAGGCCCUUGGUCAGCAGGCCUCUGAUGCCAUGGAAGGUAUGAUGGCCAUGAACUUCGUUGAAUGGGACAACGAGACCAUCAAGAACUCAGAGAAAGCAGCCAAGGAAGCAGAUCAGAUAGUUAUAAUUAAAACUAUUGAUGAGGUGCAGAAAAAUGAGACUGGUAUAAUCCGUGAAAUUAUUGCUCAAGGUCCUGACCCUUGUCGUGACAUUUCAGGACACCACCCAGUUCCAGGUCCUCGUGUUGCAGCAAAGACCUCCAAGGCUCCCAGCAUCCCAACAGUCUUGCCUCUUCCUCUCCUGUUUUUCACACAGUUGGGAUUCACCUGGCUUCUCAUGUUCUCUGAGUGUAGAAUUUGUGCCAUUAACGCCCUAAGGACAGGAGUUAAAAUAUGUCCUGCUACAAAGCUGUAA